AUUUAUUAAUAGCAAAGAUUAAAGUUCUUCUUCGAUCAAACCUCGGAGGGAGAGAGAAAAUGGCGAGAUCUCAGAUCUAUUUAGGUUUCGGUCUCUUGGUGUUGCUGUUCGUGUCGGCCGUAGCAGACGACGUGGUUGUGCUGACGGAGGACAACUUCGAGAAGGAGGUCGGUCAAGACAGAGGAGCUCUUGUCGAGUUCUACGCUCCCUGGUGUGGCCACUGCAAGAAACUUGCCCCGGAGUAUGAAAAGCUUGGUGCAAGCUUCAAGAAAGCUAAAUCUGUAUUGAUCGGAAAGGUGGACUGUGAUGAGCACAAGAGCAUAUGCAGUAAAUAUGGUGUUUCUGGGUACCCGACCAUUCAAUGGUUUACAAAAGGAUCUCUUGAACCCAAAAAGUACGAAGGUGCCCGCACUGCUGAGGCAUUGGCUGAGUUUGUGAACAAUGAAGGAGGUACCAAUGUAAAGAUAGCUUCAAUCCCAUCAAACGUAGUGGUAUUGACACCUGAUAACUUUGAUGAGAUUGUUCUGGAUGAGAACAAAGAUGUCCUGGUCGAGUUCUAUGCACCAUGGUGUGGCCACUGCAAAUCCCUUGCUCCUACAUAUGAGAAAGUAGCAGCGGUGUUUAAGCAAGAGGAAGGGGUGGUCAUCGCUAAUGUGGAUGCUGAUAAACACAGAGAUCUUGGUGAGAAGUAUGGGGUGAGCGGGUUCCCAACGCUGAAAUUUUUCCCAAAGAACAACAAAGCUGGUGAAGACUAUGACGGUGGGAGGGAUUUAGACGACUUUGUAAGCUUCAUCAAUGAGAAGGCUGGCAUCAGCAGGGACAGUAAAGGGCAGCUCACUUCAAAGGCCGGUAUAGUGGAAAGCUUGGAUGCCCUUGUGAAAGAGUUUGUGGCUGCUAGUGAUGAUGAGAAGAAGGCAAUUUUAUCUAAGAUUGAAGAAGAAGCUGCUAAGCUCAAGGGCUCCUCUGUGAGGUAUGGGCAGAUUUACUCGAAGCUUGCUAAGAAUUACAUGGCAAAAGGUUCUGACUACGCUAGUAAGGAAGUUGAGCGCCUUGAACGCAUGCUUAGCAAGGCUAUUAGCCCGGCAAAAGCGGAUGAGUUCACCCUCAAGAGAAAUAUCCUGUCCUCAUUCGCUUCUUCUUAAAGCUCGGCCGAGAGAGAGAGAGAGAGAGAGUAGCCAGUCUUAGUUGGGAGGGGAAGUGAUGAUGAGAUUAUAGAUUCUGUCUGGAUCUAUGUUUGAUUGUCUGACCGAGCAACUCUUUCGAACUAGUAACCUCAAAAACUUUGUACCUUUUUUUUUAUUAUAUUGAGAUCACAUUUCCGAUCCCUUAAAGUCUAUAUCAAGCCCAUUAUUUCUAUU